AUGACGACGCUCCCGCAGGGGCCUUGCCUGAGCAGGACGCGGCUGCGGCGGCUGCGAGGCCACGGGAGGCCACGGAGGAUGGAGGAGCAGAAGGAGGAGGGUGAGGCCGAGAUCCAGGAGCACGGGCCUGAGCACUGGUUCUCGAAGUGGGAGCAGCAGUGCCUGGCCGAGGACGAGCAGGACGAGCAGUUGCCCCCUGAGCUGCAGGAGGAGGCGGUGGCCGCCGUGCAGCCCGAGCACAAGCAGCAGAAGCUGUGGCACCUCUUCCAGAACUCGGCCACCGCCGUGGCCCAGCUCUACAAAGACCGAGUGUGUCAGCAGCCAGGACUUUCUCUCGGAGUUCCCUUCCAAAAUGCAGCCACUGCCGUCACCAACCUUUACAAAGAAAGCGUGGAUACACAUCAGCAAAGUUUUGAUAUUGGAAUUCAAAUUGGCUAUCAGCGACGCAAUAAGGAUGUGUUGGCUUGGGUUAAAAAGCGCAGAAGAACUAUUCGUAGAGAAGAUUUGAUCAGCUUCCUGUGUGGAAAAGUUCCUCCACCGCGACACUCUAGAGCUCCCCCAAGACUGACUGUAGUGUCCCCUAACUGA